ACUCCAAAAGCAGACCCCGCCCGCCUUUACACUCGCCCACGGCCCCGCAGCUCCGCCCCUGCCCGGAGGCCCCGCCCCCCGUGAAUCAGCUGAUCGGGCGGACCCGCCGGGUUGCCCGGCUGGCGCCAGAUGCAGUGCGCGGUGCUGCGGGAGGAGCUUCAGGUCUUGACAGACGCUGUGUGAAGAGGGAAUGAUUUGGUGAUGGGGUGCUCCCACUGACCGAUGGACCCAAAGAAGAGAAGCUCAACAGAGGCAGAAGGAUCCAAAGAAAGAGGCCGAGUCCAUGUGUGGCAGGCGGGAUCCUUUUCCAUAACACCAGAGAGACUGCCAGGCUGGGGAGGAAAGACUGUCCUGCAGGCAGCUCUUGGAGCGAAACACGGCGUUCUUCUGACUGAAGAUGGUGAGGUCUACAGCUUUGGGACCCUUCCCUGGAGAAGUGAACCAGCAGAGGUUUGUCCAAGUAGCCCCAUUCUAGAAAAUGCCCUGGUUGGGCAAUAUGUUGUUACUGUGGCGACAGGGAGCUUCCACAGCGGAGCUGUGACGGAAAGUGGCAUUGUGUACAUGUGGGGCGAGAACUCUGCCGGCCAGUGUGCAGUGGCCAGCCAGCAGCGCGUGCCGGAGCCAAAUCCUGUCAGCAUCUCAGACUCUGAGACCAGUCCUUCAUUAGCCGUCAGGAUUCUGCAGCUGGCAUGUGGCGAGGAGCACACCCUGGCAUUGUCACUAAGCAGAGAGAUUUGGGCAUGGGGUACCGGCUGUCAGUUGGGUCUCAUCACCACAACCUUCCCAGUGACGAAGCCCCAGAAGGUGGAGCAUCUCGCUGGGCGAGUGGUGCUGCAGGUGGCCUGUGGCGCCUUCCACAGCCUUGCGCUCGUGCAGUGCCUCCCUCCCCAGGAUCUGAGGCCGGUCCCAGAGCGCUGCCACCAGUGCAGUCAGCUCCUCAUUACCAUGACCGACAAAGAAGACCACGUGAUUAUAUCAGACAGCCACUGUUGCCCCUUAGGUGUGACGCUGUCAGGAUCCCAGGUGGAAAACCAUGCCAGCACUGCCAUCAGCCCCUGCAGGGACACCCUUGACAGCCAGGGGGAAGUGUUUGAGAACACGCCUGUGGCAAAUGCUCUGCCGGUCACUGCCGAGGCUGUGGAGCUGGAUGCAGGAAGCGCUCAGAUCGGAAGCUGCGAUGCCCUUUCCUCCCAGCAAAACAUCGUGGGAAAAAUGGAAGUCUCUUCUACCAGAAACAUCCCAGCAUACCCUGACACUCAGGCCGUAGAUGAGUACUUGCGGAAACUGUCAGAUCUUGCAAUAAGAGAAGACCCAGAGAACGAUGGGAAGCCAAUGCCAUCUCAGCCUCUUGCAGAAGAAGCAGUUCCUAAUCUCCACAGCCCACCCACCACGAGUACCUCCGCCCUGAACAGCUUGGUGGUGUCGUGUGCCUCUGCUGUUGGAGUGAGAGUGGCUGCGACGUAUGAAGCAGGUGCCCUGUCACUGAAGAAGGUCAUGAACUUCUACAGCACAGCCUCUUGUGAGGCUGGAGCGCAGGCAGGCAGUAGCAUGCCAGGCCCAGAGGGCUUGAAAGAUAGCAGAGAAGAACAGGUGAGACAGGAGUCACUGCAGGGAAAGAAGAGCUCGAGCCUUGUAGACAUCCGGGAAGAGGAGUCUGAGGGAGGCAGUCGCAGGCUGUCCCUGCCCGGGCUGCUGUCACAGGUUUCCCCCAGGCUCUUAAGGAAGGCUGCACGGGUGAAAACGAGGACUGUGGUGCUGACCCCCACAUACAGUGGAGAAGCAGAUGCUCUCCUGCCGUCUCUAAGGACAGAGGUGUGGACCUGGGGGAAAGGGAAGGAAGGGCAGCUGGGCCACGGCGACGUCCUGCCAAGGCUUCAACCGUUGUGUGUGAAGUGUCUGGAUGGUAAAGAAGUAAUCCGUCUGGAGGCGGGUGGUUCCCAUUCUCUUGCACUUACUGCGAAAUCCCAGGUUUACUCAUGGGGGAACAAUACCUUUGGUCAACUUGGGCAUUCUGAUUUUCCAGCAACGGUUCCUCGUCUUGCAAAGAUAAGCAGUGAGAAUGGAGUCUGGAGUGUGGCUGCCGGCCAGGAUUAUUCCCUGUUUCUAGUGGAUACUGAGGACUUCCAGCCCGGGUUAUACUACAGUGGCCGCCAGGACCCUGCAGAAGGUGACAGCCUUCCAGAGAAUCCCAGUGGCACUAAGACACCAGUACUUCUCUCCUGUAGUAAGCUUGGAUAUAUAAGUAGAGUGACAGCAGGAAAAGAUAGCUAUCUAGCCUUGGUGGAUAAAAACAUUAUGGGGUAUAUCGCCAGUCUCCAUGAGUUGGCUACAACGGAAAGACGGUUCUAUUCAAAAUUAAGUGACAUCAAAUCUCAGAUUCUCCGGCCUCUCCUCAGUUUAGAAAAUUUGGGCACCACGGCCACGGUCCAGCUGCUGCAGGAGGUGGCAAGCCGGUUUAGCAAGCUAUGUUACCUGAUUGGCCAGCAUGGAGCCUCCCUGGGCAGCUUCCUUCAGGGGAUCAAGGAGGCCAGGAGCCUGGUCAUCCUGAAGCAUGCGAGUCUCUUCUUGGAUAGUUAUACAGAGUAUUGCACAUCUAUUACAAAUUUCCUGGUUAUGGGAGGAUUCCAGCUUCUUGCUAAGCCUGCCAUUGAUUUUCUAAAUAAAAACCAAGAACUAUUGCAAGAUUUGUCAGAAGUGAAUGAUGAAAACACUCAGUUGAUGGAAACCCUGAAUACUUUGUUUUUCUUGCCAAUCAGACGACUUCAUAAUUACGCAAAAGUCUUGCUGAAGCUUGCUACUUGUUUUGAAGUGACAUCUCUGGAAUAUCAGAAACUGCAGGAUUCCAGUUCUUGUUAUGAGUCCCUUGCCCUCCAUCUCGGCAGGAAGAGGAAGGAAGCAGAGUACACGCUGGGCUUCUGGAAGACCUUCCCUGGAAAAAUGACGGACUCCCUGCGGAGGCCUGAGCGCCGUCUGCUGUGUGAGAGCAGCAACCGUGCCCUGUCUCUGCAGCAUGCAGGGCGGUUUUCCGUGAACUGGUUCAUUCUCUUUAAUGAUGCCCUGGUCCAUGCCCAGUUCUCCACACACCACGUUUUCCCUCUGGCCACGCUGUGGGCGGAGCCACUGUCUGAAGAAGCUGGCGGUGUGAAUGGCUUAAAGAUAACUACCCCCGAGGAGCAGUUCACACUCAUCUCAUCAACACCCCAGGAAAAGACUAAGUGGCUUCGAGCUAUAAGCCAAGCUGUGGAUCAGGCUUUGAGGGGAACAUCUGACCUUCCACCAUAUGGAAGUGGCAGUAGUGUUCAGAGGCAGGAACCGCCCAUUUCACGCAGUGCCAGAUACACUUUCUACAAGGAUCCUCGCCUAAAGGACGCGACCUACGAUGGACGCUGGCUCUCAGGGAAGCCUCAUGGCAGGGGCAUUUUGAAGUGGCCCGAUGGGAAGAUGUAUUCCGGCAUGUUCAGGAAUGGCUUAGAAGAUGGGUAUGGAGAAUACAGAAUCCCAAACAAGGCAAUGAACAAAGAAGAUCACUAUGUGGGCCACUGGAAAGAAGGGAAAAUGUGUGGUCAAGGAGUCUAUAGCUAUGCCUCUGGUGAAGUGUUUGAGGGCUGUUUCCAAGAUAAUAUGCGUCAUGGUCAUGGCCUCCUACGAAGCGGGAAAUUGACUUCCUCUUCUCCCAGCAUGUUCAUUGGCCAGUGGGUGAUGGAUAAGAAGGCAGGAUAUGGUGUCUUUGAUGAUAUCACUAGGGGGGAGAAGUAUAUGGGAAUGUGGCAGGAUGAUGUAUGUCAAGGGAAUGGUGUGGUCGUCACCCAAUUUGGCCUGUACUACGAAGGCAGCUUUCAUCUUAAUAAGAUGAUGGGAAAUGGGGUAUUACUUUCCGAAGAUGAUACUAUCUAUGAGGGAGAAUUUUCAGAUGAUUGGACUCUCAGCGGAAAGGGAACACUGACUAUGCCAAAUGGAGAUUACAUUGAAGGUUAUUUUAGUGGUGAAUGGGGAUCUGGGAUAAAAAUCACCGGAACUUACUUCAAACCUAGCCUGUACGAGAGUGAUAAAGACAAACCAAAAGUUUUCAGGAAGCUGGGGAGCCUGGCUGUGCCAGCUGAUGAGAAGUGGAAAGCUGUGUUUGACGAGUGUUGGCGCCAGCUGGGCUGUGAAGGCCCUGGCCAAGGGGAGGUUUGGAAAGCAUGGGACAACAUUGCCGUGGCCUUGACCACCAAUCGGCGCCAGCACAGGGACAGUCCAGAAAUCUUAAGUCGUUCACAGACUCAGACGCUGGAGAGUUUGGAAUUCAUUCCACAGCAUGUGGGAGCCUUCUCUGUGGAGAAAUAUGAUGACAUCAAGAAAUACUUAAUAAAGGCCUGUGACACUCCUCUGCACCCCCUGGGCAGGCUCAUGGAGACCCUGGUUGCGGUGUACAGAAUGACGUAUGUGGGUGUGGGUGCCAACCGCCGGUUGCUACAGGAGGCUGUCAAGGAGAUUAAGUCCUAUCUUAGGCGAAUUUUUCAGCUGGUGAGGUUCUUAUUUCCUGAGCUUCCUGAAGAGGGCAGCACGAUUCCUCUCUCUGCUCCUCCACCAACCGAAAGGAAAUCCUUUUGCACUGGGAAAUCUGAUUCCAGAUCCGAAUCACCAGAGCCAGGUUAUGUAGUAACAAGCUCUGGACUCCUGCUUCCUGUGCUGCUACCUCGGCUGUACCCACCACUGUUCAUGCUCUAUGCUUUGGACAAUGACCGUGAGGAAGACAUUUACUGGGAAUGUGUUCUUCGACUAAAUAAGCAGCCAGAUCUCGCUCUCCUGGGAUUCCUUGGCGUGCAAAGGAAAUUCUGGCCAGCAACCUUGUCAAUCCUUGGAGAGAGUAAAAAGGUUUUGCCAACCACAAAAGAUGCUUGUUUUGCCUCAGCCGUAGAAUGUCUGCAGCAGAUCAGCACAACAUUUACCCCAUCAGACAAACUCAAGGUCAUCCAGCAGACUUUUGAGGAGAUCUCUCAGAGUGUCCUGGCAUCACUCCAGGAAGACUUCCUGUGGUCCAUGGAUGACUUAUUCCCCGUGUUCUUGUAUGUGGUGCUACGGGCCAGGAUUAGGAACUUGGGCUCCGAAGUGCAUCUCAUCGAGGAUCUAAUGGACCCCUAUCUUCAGCAUGGGGAGCAGGGCAUCAUGUUCACCACCCUGAAGGCAUGUUACUACCAGAUCCAGCGUGAGAAGCUUAACUAGGCUACAUAACAGCUUGAAAACUGGAUUAUCUACCACAGAGUGUCAUGGCACCAUCUGGAGUCUUCCUGUAGUAGCAAAAAAGAAUGGUGUUCAAAUUGGAAAGGACUUUGUGCUAUUUUGGUUAUUUCUGAGCCUUACUAAUAAGAGUCCCGAACCCAGGAAAAAAAAAAGACUAUAUAGUUUAAAGGGAGGAUUGAAAAGGGGUAGAAUCAGAUUAGACCAGUCCUUGGCCUGUGUUAAGUUCCAGAAUUAUACAUCUCACUACUUGGCAAAAGAGGGCAUCCCUCCCACAGUAAAGGGUGUGUCAGCCACGUGAAGCUGUAAGAGAAGUUCCCAGGAGAGCUUCUUCCAUUAAAGAAGUUGGCAAACCGGGCUCGGUGGCUCAGCCUGUAAUCCCGCGCUGGGAGGCUGAGGUGAGUGGAUUGCCU